UUUCUCUCAGAGUAUCGAUUGUGGACAGAUUUACGACUUACGAAUUGCAGUGCGAGGGACGGGUCCUCAGAUCGAGCCCUACCUCGAUCGAAGCUCAUGACGAACAAUGUCGAAUUUUGGUUUAGAACGAUUUUGUUUGAAAGGGAGUCGGGCGGAGAUGCAUCACCAGCUUCAUCAUCGACGCUGAAUGUCGGGCAGUCGGAGGUAUCGAGUUGUCGAGGAAUUUCAGCGCGCCGAAGCGAUUCGAUGGUGGCCCGUGUCUGACGCACUGCGAGCCUCGUCGUCGAUGUCUUUGGGUCCUUCGAAUUGCGACCUCGCGCUUUCGAUUGUCGGCUCCGGACGAGCCCCAGCGAUGGCCAUCGAUCGUCGUGGUGUUCCUGCGCUGGAACAUGGGGCACUGAAUUAGCAGGAGCCGCCUGCAGUCGCAUGGCGAGUAUGGAGCAGGCGAGCCGAAAGCGUUGCGAAGCAGGGGGUGAGGCGAAAGAUUGGGGGACGAUGAUUGCGGAUGUCGUGAUGGCCAAGUACCGAAGUCUGCCGAAGAAGGGCAAGCCUCAGGGCGUCGAAGCCACUGUUUUAGCAGCUUUUGUUCUCACUCCAGGUUUGAAGGUCAUCGCGAUGGGCACUGGAACGAAGUGCAUCGGGCGAUCUAAAAUGAGCUCUGCGGGAGACCUUGUGAAUGAUUCCCACGCCGAAGUGAUUGCUCGGCGAGCCCUUCUCAGGUUUUUCUACUCUCAGUUGGAGGAAAUCUGUAAAAGCACAGUUAAGGUCAAUACAGCGAAAUCUGGAAGUGAUAGUGCAGCUACAGAAGUAAACAAGCUGGACCCAAUCUUUGAAUGUGUACCGGAUAUACAAGGCAACCGACAAUUCCAACUUCGGGAGGGUCUCCAAAUUCAUCUCUAUAUUAGCCAGUGCCCCUGUGGAGAUGCGUGCAUUUUGCCUUUUCCUCAUGAUACCAUGGACGAAGAUUGUGUAGUUCCUGGUGUCAAUGAGGGUUCGUGCCCUCAAGACCCGGAUGGUGGCGCCACGUCUUCUUCUCUGAAAUUCUUGAAGCACACGGGUGCAAAGCUUGCGAAGGUAGAAAUAGGGGCUACAAGAGUAGAUGCCAUAGCUGCAGAGCGUCAGGCAAGGCUUAAUCAUGCAGAUCGAAGUUUUAUACAAAAUGAGCUCGAACAAGGGGAACUAAAACACGAAAAUGCCAUAUUUACGGCUGAUCGCUUGAAUGCUCCUGAGAGGAGCUAUCCGGAUAAGCACUUAGAGGAAAUGGAGACACAAGCGGCUGGGAUGGUGAGGAGGAAACCAGGCAGAGGAGAUGCGACUCUCUCUAUGAGCUGCAGUGAUAAAAUUGCCCGCUGGAAUCUCCUAGGACUACAAGGUGCUCUACUAUCCCAUUUUAUCUCGCAGCCAGUUUACCUAUCGUCCAUAGUAGUCGGUGACAGCGAGCACAAACCCAAGGUUACAGAUAUCAGUGAAACUGUUGGUAUUCGACAAGCGGGACCUGUAAUAAAUCAAGAGGCUAUGAAUCUGACUAAAUGGAGCAGUUUUGAAUCACUACAAAGAGCGCUUUACAAGCGUCUGCUUCCACUAAGAGAUAUACUACCAUCCCCGUUCAAGUUGAAUGAGCCUUUGUUAUGGAGAGCGCCCAAACCCCCGAGGGAGUUGAAUCCUCCUGUUAACGGUUCCACAAUGCCCACAUGCGGGUAUUCUGUCAGUUGGGACGCAUCCAAUGUACACGAAGUAGUCCUCGGGACAACAGGAAGAAAGCAGGGGACUUCUGCCAAAGGGGCUCUUUCCGCAGCCACGCGGUCUUCUCUUUGCAAGAGAGCGUUGGCGGACAGGUUCUUGUCAUUGAUUCCCAGUCUUCCGUGGCUGUCGGGAGCGUCAGAGAUGACUUAUCUUCAAAUUAAGGGUGCAUCGACGCAGUACCAAGCAGCAAGGGCAGUUUGUUUUACGAGCACCUCUUCUCCUCUUCAUGAUUGGCUUGUAAAACCAUCAUCUCUACAGGAAUUUCGGUUAUUGCCGAACUAGUGAGUCUUGAUAUGAGUAUAUUUCGAAGAUAGGAAGAGCAACUGUUGCCAAGUGGAACACGAACAAGAUGCUGCUUGUCCAUGUCUUCUUACAGUCAUCGGGAUUACUACUGGCAGUUCAUGAGAACUGCAGGAGUUGUAGAGAGGAACAUAGAAUUAUGAACAGAGAAGUCGUCAUCAUCAUGAGGCCGAAAGCAGUGAUUUCGUGUUUCUGUUUCGAACUAUAUACCAGAACGUUUACUUGUAUAUCUUCAAUAUACAAGGUAUCUGAAAUCAUUCCAGUUCAUUUAGUGUCGAAGAUUUGCAAGGCUUUAUCCUAGAGCUAGUUUUUAAGACAUAGCAAUGUAUUGCACCAAUCAUGAGGAUAUUUUUAUUGAUCUAAUAGACAUUUUGUAAAUUUUUAAAGGCUUUAAACUUUUGGACACGGA